AUGAAAAUUUACACCAAAACUGGCGAUAAAGGCAAAUCGAGCUUAUUUACUGGUGAAAGGCGACUAAAAGAUGAUACUAUAUUUGAAGCUUUGGGAACAAAUGAUGAGCUGUCAUCAGCAAUAGGGCUAGCUAGAGAAUUUUGCUUGCAGGCUGGACAGAACUUUGUCGACAAGCUAGAACAAAUUCAAUGUCGCUUGCAGGACAUCGGAUCGAACAUUGCUACACCGCGUAUUCAAGCUGAUGAGGAUAAAUUAGUUCGAACAGAAUUUAGUUCAUCUAAUGUCCAACAAUUGGAAUUAUGGAUUGAUGAAAUGGAUGAACAAUUACCACCAUUAAAAAAUUUUAUCUUACCGUCUGGUGGAUUAUCAAGCAGCUCUUUGCAUGUGGCGAGAUCAAUUUGUCGUCGAGCCGAAAGAAGGGUUGUACCACUUGUUCGUGAAAAUGCUGUUGACCCUGAUGUUGCAAAAUACUUAAACAGGCUCAGCGACUUUCUAUUCACUGCUGCCCGCUAUUCCGCCAUGAAGGAAGGCCGUAGCGAAGUUAUCUAUAGAAAAAGCGAUCAGUAA